AGCCUCAGCCCAGCAGAGUCAGACUCGACCCUGCCAGGCUCACACUUGCAGCCACAUUCGACCAGCUUUGAGGAGAACGAACAACCAUCCAGGUUGAAGUAGAAGCAGAAGGAAGAGCAGGAAAAUCAUCGCCCUCCCCCCUUACAUAAGCUUGCGAGCCUAAACAGCGGAUUCCGUGUGUGGUCAGCCAUCGAGGUCAGCUGUGUUUAUCGGGUCGCUGACGGAUGACAACACAGGUGUUCCAGAGGAUAGUUUGGUGGAUGACGGCUGUGGUGUCCCUGGCCUGGCUGACUGCUGCGGACACUCCCCUACCCAACAUCCACUUCGGCGAGCGGAAUGACCCGAGUAACGACAUCCUGGGGCCACAGCUGUCAAAGGAGGAGAUGGACUCGGCAUCGCACCGCCUGGCGUCACUUGACAAGGAUGGAACCCACCUACCCGCUGUCGGAUCCCCCAAGCAGGGCGCUAUGGGUUCCCCGGACCCCAUCGCCGCCUCCGGGUACUUCCAGGGAGACAUUGUGCUGCCCUCCCCGGACCACUUCUACCAGAUCAUGCAGGGGUCUUCGGACGCCCAGGCCAGCGCUGAGAGCGACCCUCACAAGAAGUGGCCUAAUGGCGUCGUCCCUUACGUUAUUUCAGACAACUUCUCUGGCGCGGAGCGUAACGUGAUAGCUGGCGCCAUUGUUGACUUGGCUAGACACACAUGUAUACGCUUCAUCCCCAGACAGCCUCACCACCUCGGCUACGUUCACAUCCUCAAAGGCAAUGGGUGCUCGAGCGAGGUGGGUCACCAGGGGCGGUGGCAAGUGGUCUCCCUGGGAGCGGGUUGUGUAUACCACGGCAUCGUCCUUCACGAGUUCCUCCACGCCCUGGGCUUCUGGCACGAGCAGGCUCGCCCUGACCGCGACCUCCACGUCUGGGUCAACUGGAUCAACGUCCUGCCCAAUAUGACCUUCAAUUUCGAAAUGAAGUCGAACAGGGUGACAACAAACCUGGGGUUGUCUUACGACUACACCUCCGUCAUGCAUUACGGCCCAAAUGCAUUCGCUCGUGAUCCCUCCAAGCCCACGCUGGUACCCAAGUUGGCGGGCGUCCACAUUGGUCAGCGCCGCGGGCUCUCACAGAUGGACGUGGAGGGCGUCAAUCGAUUGUACCAGUGCCGGCUUAGCAACAACAAACCCAACCAGGUGGACACGCCCACGCCCAAGAAGUGCGUCGACGACCACAGUGCGUGCUGGAAAUGGGCACGAGAAAACUGGUGCGAAAAGAAUAGUUUCGUUUCCACCACCUGCAGGAAAUCUUGCAAUAAAUGUAGCAGUGAUUAGUUCUGCUCGCCUCGUUCUUAAGUCUGUCUAGAUAGAUAUAUACUGUUGUUGAACAUUA